AUGGUCACUUGUGAGCAUAUGGUUGACCGCAAUAGUCUGGGCAAGAUUGUGCUGGUGAGACAGAUAGUACAUCUAAGACAUGAUGUCUUCUUCGAGUUAGUCGGCGAGUAUAUCCUUAGCUUCUAUCGUGAGUUUUAUACAGGAUUACACUUAGUUGACCUUGAGGCUAGGAUUUUGAGGACUACCAUUCAAGGUUGUAUUAUUCAGGUUACACUUGAUAGUAUAGCCAAGUAUUUGGGGUACGUUAGACCACAGGCUGAUAAGGUUGAUUAUCCACACUAUGAGUUCAGUGCCAAGAGUCUCCUAGAGAGGUUGUUUGAGGCACUCCUUCUUGGUGAGACUCUACCAGUCAUUCCUCCACUAGCUUCCAUAUCUAGAGCUAUAACUUCAAAGGCUGCUGCUCCAACCAAUUCAACACCACCUCCAACAUUUAUGUCUGAGCCAAGGGAUACGGUUCAAAAGAUAGGCAAUAGUGAUGAUGAGGAAGAGGCUGGGGUUAGACCUGAGGAUGAGUUUUGGUUUGAGUAG